AUGGAGCCGGUUCUGCGUUCAAGUUCACAGGGAUUGAGCGGUUGUUCUUCUUCAUCUAACUCCAAAAGUUUGGAUUCUGAUCCUUCACUUGAUGGCCGCUUUAGACGUUUUUCACCCAGCAGCCUUCCGCGUAUCCGGCCUAAAGCUGAACCCAGACAGGAGUGCACAACUGAACAACGUCAUGAUAUAGUGAGGCCGUAUGCAACGGAUGCCAUGAGUGCCUAUAACGAAGCAACAGGUACAACAUAUGAGCUGGUGGAGCCUGGUUUCCUUACAAGUGUGUAUAUUGGGCCAUGCUUCCUUCACCAUAUCGACUUCACGGCUAAAAAGAUUGAGGUUGCUGAUGCUCUAGAGGAGAUGUUUUUUUCUGAACUGACAACUCGCAAGGGGGUUCGAUGUGUCAAGGUUUGCAAAUCCAUGGGGCCAAAAGAAUCAAUUUCAGGAGAUAAAAACAACGGCUGCUGCUAUUGCGUAACUUACAAUGUUGUUCAGCAUCCUAGGGGUAGAGGAUUCAGUGCUGGCGGUGCUGCAUUAUUCACGGAUGAAAGACUAUAGUUCCUUGGCUUGUUGGCAGUGAAGUUGUGUGCGUUGAAACUUAAUUUAGAGUAGAACUAUAUUUGAAGCAUGCGUAGGUACCUUUUUAUUUUUGUUCCUCCGAAUGAAAAUCUGUCCUUUGUGUUAAGGGAGUUGCACUGGUUGUGUAUUUGGACAUAUUUAAAAGUUCGUGAGCAACUUAAGGAUGACGUAACAUUAUGGAUUUGACAA